UAGCUAGCUAGCUAGCUCGACCUUCUAUGACGAGGUGUAUUAACCGGCUUGGGGCUGUAACUUCUGAAAACAUAUGGAAACAGUCUUCUUGAAAGAUUAAGCACUCCGAAGAUGUCUGGAAAUUACUAUUUUGUUAUAGUGGGUCACCAUGACAACCCAGUAUUUGAGCUUGAGCAUAGUAGUCAAUCAAGAGCUGCUGAAGCAAAGAAAGAUGACCACAGACACUUAAAUCAAUUCAUAGCUCAUGCAGCACUGGAUAUGGUAGAUGAACAUAUGUGGACAACACAAAACAUGUAUCUCAAGACAGUUGACAAGUUCAACGAGUGGUUUGUCUCUGCUUUUGUCACAGCAGGAAGGAUGAGAUUUCUUGUUCUACAUGAUAUCAAGAAUGAAGAUGGCAUCAAGAACUUCUUCUCUGAAGUCUAUGAAUUAUACAUCAAGUUUUCCAUGAAUCCAUUCUAUGAGCCAAGUAGUCAAAUCAAGUCACCUACACUUGAGAAGAGGAUACAACAGCUUGCCAAGAGAUUCCUUACCAGCUGAGUUAGAAUUUGUAUCAGAAUUUUAUAGUAAACAUAUCAGGCUUUGAGAAAGUAUAGUGGAAUUAUUUAUCCGAGGUUGGUCUGGCAAUUACUAUUUCUCCCGAGGGGCGAAAUAUUGUAGUUAGUAGUUUUGCCAGUCCAACCGAGGAUUAAUAAUUUCCACUAUGCUUCCGAAUGAAACGCCUGAUAUACAUGUAUUUGGUUUAUAUCCUACUUUUAAUAAUUUAUUACCAAAUUAUAUGCGCCGAGCUUGCAAAUUACGGUUACUUGAGUUGAAUUACCUACUUUUCACCGCGCUCAGUUGAACGCAGAUUUCUGCCUGCGCCGACCCAUCGCGGGACUUGCCCGGGAGAGAGAGCGCGCUGGCCGGUACGCCCGAGAGUUUAGCUUAGAUAUCCAGUUUUGUGAAAUAAUGACGUCAGACCUCGAUAUAUCCAAAAAUAUAUCGAGGUCUGAC